AUGUUGUCUCUGGUGGUGAUGAGACGCACGCCGUUUGUGCUCGCGUCUGCUCAACGCGUCAACGUCAACGUGUGCCUGCGCGUGGCACAACAGCACAGCAUCGCAGCACUCACGAGAUGGACACAGCCAUGGACGGCAAACAGAGCGUCGUCCUCGUCGUCUGGGUCCACGCGGUGGAAGCAGCGCCAGGGCCGCGACAUGUACGCCCGCGAGGCCAAGGUCCAGGGGCUCAAGAGCCGCGCCGCCUUCAAGCUGCUCGAGAUGGACGCCAAGUAUAGGCUCUUCCGGCCGGGCCAAACCGUCGUUGAUCUGGUCGCAAUGGAGCGCACCCGUCCGCACGGCCGCGUCGUCGGCAUCGACCUCAUCCCCGCGCAGCCCCCGCGCGGCGUCGCCACCUUCCAGGGCGACUUUCUCUCCCCGCAGGUGCAGGCCCUCGUGCGGGACUUUAUCCUGCGAACGCACAAGCCUCGAUCUGGACCGCCACCUAAGCGCAAGCCAGCUGAGGAUGGCGAUGGGCGGUCUUCGUCGUCGGACGUCGGGGAGGUAUCAGACGCGGCUGCAGCUGGGGAAGCUCUGGCUCAGCCGAGCUACAUCGACCAGGAGCGGCACAUGGGCGAGGCGCCCGAGUCAAACUCGGAUGCCACGCCCGCAAAGUCGUCGGGCAUGGCGAUUGUAGAUGUUGUUCUAAGUGACAUGUCAGAACCCUGGCCUCAAACCAACGGCUACACCACGAACACUCUGAGUAAUCCCUACCACAGGCUCAUGAACACGAGCGGCAACGCCUUUCGCGACCACGCCGGGAGCAUGGAUCUCUGCAACGCGGCGCUGCAGUUUGCGAGUGACACGCUCCGGCCGGGAGGUCACUUUGUCUGCAAGUUCUACCAGGGCGCCGAGGACAAGAAGCUGGAGAAGCGGCUAAAGGGGCUCUUUGCCAAGGUGCACAGGGAAAAGCCCGAGUCUUCGAGAAGCGAGAGCAAGGAAGCGUACUUUAUUGCAUUGCGGAGGAAGCAUGGCGUUGUCGUCGAGGAAGAGGAGUGA